AUGCCUUCAGAAACUAUUUGGUCAAGUACAAGCACAUCUCCUAUGCAAUCAAAUGUUACUUUGAAUCCUCAAUAUAAAUCAGUUUUAGAUCAAGUUGAUCCGGAAGUUGCGAAAUUAUUCACAAAUUCAAAUCCAUUAGAUUCACUUAAUGCUGCUGGUGCAUCUUCUUCAGAAAGAAGAUUCUCAUUUAAUGACGGAAGUGAUAUUGAUUCAAAUAAUUUAUUUGGUUUGAAAAGAGGUGCAUUUUCUGCCAUUACCGCCCCAGUUGCAAAUACCAACAACAACAAUAAUAACCCAAAUGGUAAACGUAUCAAUUUUGGUACUGCUUCAAUUAGUGGUGGUAUUACCAGUAGACAUCCACCACAAGAUAGUUUCUUACAAAAAUUCUCUGCUGUUGCUGACGCAACUAGAGAAAUUGAAUUGGGUAAGUUAACUUUAAGUGAUUCUCCAUCAAGAAGAACUAGUUUUAAUGAAAAUAUUAAGUCUAUUGGUGUUUUAUCUUCUCCUCAUGGUUCAUUGAAUGAAAACUUAAAUAUGCCAGCUCCAAGAAGUUCUAGACAUCAAUCAAUUAGUGAUAAAAUUGAUCAUUAUAAUAAUAGUUCUCCAAUUCAAACAACUGCUGCUCUUUCAGUUAACUCAGAUUUGAAUUCCAAUGGUGGUGAUCAAACUGCAAAUGCAACUCAAAGAUUUUGGAAUCCUGCAGCUGCAACUUCAUUUACUCCAUCUUCUUAUAACUAUUUUAUGGAUAAUGGAUUGCCAGUCCCUCCUCCACCUCCUCCUCAAGGACCACAUCUUCAAGGCGCGGUUCCGCCACCUCCGCCACCACCACAAGGGUUCUACCGUCCAGGAACUAAUAUGAUGCCACCGAUCAGUCCACCACCUCCAUUUAUGAUUCCUUCUCCUCCACCACAAUUCAUGGAUCCUGGUUUAUAUAAUAUGAUGGCAUAUGGUUCUUUCCCACCCGUCCAACAACAACAACAACAAUCAGAAGAUACCGAAGAAGGUAAUGAAGUACCAACUGAUAAGAAUCAAGAUGAAGACAAGAAGGAUGAACAAUUAAAAGAAAAAUCUUCAAUUAAUGUAACUGGUGGAAUUGGACUUAUGAAUCGUCAAUUUUCUCCAGCUUCAUUUAUGUUUCAACCAUUUAAUCCAUAUCUGAUGUAUCAACAAUCUCCUCCACCACCACCACCUCCAGGACAAGUUCCAUCCGGACCAGUUCCACCUCAAACCCGUAUGUCUCCUCCACCUCCACAUCCUCCAAUUCCCCAAGCGUCAGGUCCAGUUCCUGCAGCUGUUGCCCAAUCAGAAAGAACUUCCAACAGAACAAAUACUCCUCCUCAAUCAUCUGGAAAUGGAAACCAAAAGAGAAAAGGCGGUAGUGGUUUGGCAUCCACCAAAGGGAACAAAUCUUCAACUCCAGGUGGAUCAGGUACUGGUGGUGGUGGAAAUCAUAUUUAUCGUUCUCCACUCUUGGAAGAAGUUAGAUCAAAUCCUAAGGAUAAAGAAUUUUAUUUAAAAGAUAUCUAUGGACAUGCAAUUGAAUUCACCAAGGAUCAACAUGGAUCGAGAUUCAUUCAAACUAAAUUACCUCAAGCUAGUGAUGAAGAAAAAGAAGUCAUUUUUAAUGAGAUUAGAGAUAUUGCGUAUGAAUUGAUGACUGAUGUUUUCGGGAAUUAUGUCAUUCAGAAAUAUUUCGAAUUUGGAACCAAGACCCAAAAACAAGUUUUGUUGGAACAAAUGUUGGGACAUAUUUAUGAAUUAUCAUUACAAAUGUAUGGAUGUAGGGUUGUACAACGUGCAUUGGAAGCUAUUGAAUUAGAUGGUCAGAUUAAGAUUAUUGAAGAAUUAAGAGAUCAUAUUUUGGUUUGUUCAAAAGAUCAGAAUGGGAAUCAUGUUAUUCAAAAAUCUAUUGAAAUGAUUAAACCUUUCAAUAAAAUUAGAUUUAUUUUGACUAGUUUGGAUAGUCAAAUUUAUCAUUUAUCGACUCAUCCUUAUGGUUGUAGAGUUAUUCAACGAUUAUUGGAAUUUUCAAGUCUUGAAGAUCAAAAAGCAAUUUUGGAUGAAUUGAAUAGAUUUAUCUUUUAUUUAAUUCAAGAUCAAUAUGGUAAUUAUGUCAUGCAACAUAUUUUAGAACAUGGUAAACCUGAUGAACGUGAAGAAAUCUUAAAAGUUGUCCUUGGAUCAGUUGUUAAUUUCUCCAAACAUAAAUUCGCAUCUAAUGUUAUUGAAAAAUGUAUUAAAUUCGGUGAUGUUGCUCAAAGAAAACGGAUUUUGAAUGAAGUAAUGUUGGACAAUUUAGAUUAUAAGGUUGAAUUAGUAAGUGAUGAUUCUCCAUUAGCUUUAAUGAUGAAGGAUCAAUAUGCAAAUUAUGUUAUUCAAAAAUUAGUUGAAGCAUUUGAUGGUAAGAGUGAAGAAAAGAGGAUUUUGGUUACUAAAUUAAGACAAUAUUUGAAACAGAUUUCUAGUAAGAAUAAUUAUGGGAAGCAUUUGGCUUCAGUUGAAAAGAUGAUUAUCGUAGCUGAAACUGCUUUAGAUGAAGCGAGAUAA